UCUGAAUUAAAGACGUUGUAAAAUAGUUUAGUUGACAUCAUGGUAAUAUUUGAACAUUUUAAUACAACGAACCAAACGCAACCAAAAGCCGAAGGACAUGAUAUAUUAAUUCAAUUUGUGGGACAGGACGAUUGCAGCUAUGUGGAGUAUAUUGACAUCAGGCUUAGAUGCGAUUUCGUUACAAGAAAUCCAAAUUGCCGAGAUCCUUUCUACCUGGAGUACUAUAUGAGUUUUAUGUAUUGCAUUGCUGGAACGACACCUUUGGGACACGGUAUUGUAUUAAUCACUUUGAUGGCUCUCAUGUGCUAUAUAUUUUCCUUGGCAUCCGAAAUCGCUAACAAAUUCUUUUGUCCAGGACUUGCGGCACUUGCAAAACUGCUGCAUAUGGGCGAGGCUCUGGCCGGAGUAACGCUUAUAGCUUUCGGAAAUGCAUCCUUUGAUCUUUACGGUUCAUGGAGGAACAUGUAUGGUGAUACAACCGGCGUUUUCGCUUCUAACUUUGGCUGCUGUAUAUUCAUUGUGGCCAUUAUUGGUGCAAUAAUUGUCUAUAUUCGACCCUUUUGUGUGGACUCAACGUAUUUUGUGAGGGACUUUGUCUUCCUGUUAUUCGCAACAACUUUCGUGAAUUAUGUAAUGAUGGAUGAAAAAGUCAAUAUAUUGGAGAGUAUAUGUGUUAUCCUGAUCUAUUUUAUUUAUAUCGUAGUUAUAAUAAUUGAUCAAGUUCAGCUACUGAAUUUGGCUCGAGAUGUAUCGAAAAAAAUCGAAUCCAUUAAGACAACUGACGAUAAUGAAAGCCGAGCUUCUUUGGAAGAAAUUUUAAGAAAUGUGAACGAAUUGAAAUCGAUUGAAAUUUAUGACAAAAGCCGAAGUGUAAUGGACAUCAACAUAACCAAAUCAGCUGAAUUCCAAGGAGGAACGCCAAAUUCCAAUUUGUUUAAACAAUUCAUCCAUUCUUUGAAUCCGAUCUCUAUUGAGGCCUGGAAGUUAGCUGGUUGGAAAGGAAAGCUGAUCCAAAUCCUACAGCAGGCACCAGCGAUAUUUGUGCUUUUAUUAGUGAUACCAGUUGUUGAUUACAACGCUCCCGUUCACGGUUGGUCAAAAUUGUUGAACGUUAUACAAAUAGUUGUCACCCCGCUAUUGAUAGCACUUUUUUUAGGACAAAUAACGACAUCGCUUCUACUAUGCACUCUGGCCUUCGGGAUCCCUUUGAGUGUUAUCAUAUUUUUGACUUCCAGGACGGACACUGCGCCUGUUUACCAACCGCUUUAUGCUAUUAUCUCUAGUCUUGCAUCUGUAUUCAUUACUGGAGUACUGGUACAGCACAUCGAUUCGAUCCUGGAUACCCUGGGGAUAGCAUCACAAACAAGUACAGCGUUCUUAGCUGUUACCAUUUCUGCUUGGGGCAGUAGCUUGGGAGAUUUAUUUACAAAUUUAACACUUGCCAGGCAAGGGUAUUAUAAGAUGGGCUUCUCUGCUUGCAUUGGUGGUCCAAUUUUCCUCAUAACUGUGGCAUUUGGAGUAAACUUUGUAUACAAAUGUAUGGCUGCUGAAAACAGAGUGGCUAAAGUGAACCGAGGAGCGAUCGGGUCAAAUAUUUAUAUUUUUCUGUUCAGUACAGCAUGGUUCAUAUUAAUCGGAGGACUACUUGCUAAGGGUCAAAUUCGAAAAAGCCUUGGGAUUUAUUUGAUAUGUAUCUACGCACUAUUCACGAUUUUCAACGUAUCGAUUGAAUUUGAACACAUUCACGCUUACGGGACAGAUCAUCAUACUCAACGAAUUAUGAUAGAUUCGUAAAGACAGUGCGGUCAAA